AUGGCGACUGGUUGGAGAACUGAGACAUUGGCGAGUGGGUUUGGGGUUGCAGAGUGGGCCGAUUGCAUGGCCGAGGCCUCCGCCCCCCCCCCCUUCUUCCCGGGGGAGGCUGCCACGUUGGUACCUGCGAACUUCCAAGGGCGAACUACAACCUGCUGA